GAGGGCACGCAGCGCGCCAUGCAGGAGCACAAGCUGAAGAUCUCCCACCUGGACAGCAUCUUCCUCAGCCGAGUGGCCUGGGCCAACGUGGGUGGGCACAGUGCAGCUCUGUUUCUCUGCUUUCUUUCAGGUAUGAUUCUCACCUUGAAGGCUAUGGGGCUCCAAAGAUGUGUUUUCUUAGGGCCACCAAAGCUGCAAAACUACUUGAAAGCGAUUCGACUCUUCCCUGGGCCCCUGAAGAGGAUGGAUUUAGCUGUGCAGUUGCAUACAGAGCCCGAGUACAAGGACGAGACGAUGACAGUGUACCAAAUACCUCUUACAGGAAAACCACCAGCUGCUGAAACGAUGUUGCCUCAGAGUCCUCGAGCACUGAGUCAAGGUGGAAAUAGCCCUAAAGGGAACACAGGGCCUGGAUCCCCAAAAGCUGCACAGCAAGGUUUGGAGGAGGGCAAGGAAAAAGGAAGCCCAAAGAAAACAGGUGAUGAACAGAAAGGUGCAAGCAGGCGUUCCGAGCUGGUGAUGGCUUUCCUUUGUAAGGUUCACCCAAAGAAGGGAAAAUUCCUAGCAGCUAAAGCGCAGGAGAUGGGUCUGCCAGUGGGAACUCCAGCCAUUCUUCCCAUAAUUACAGCUCUUAAGAAUGGGGAGAGCAUCACUUUUGAAGGCAGAGAGCUCUUCCCUGAAGAACUGUGCACGCCUACAGAUCCCGGCCCAGUGUUCAUCGUGCUGGAGUGUCCUCAUGAGGGCUUUGUGGAUGCUGUCUGUGAAAACGAGACCUUCCGAAGGUACCAGGAAGGACUCCCUGAGAACCAGGUGGCCUUGGUUAUUCACAUGACUCCAGAGUCAGUGCUUAGAGACAGCCGCUACCAGCAGUGGCUGGAAAGGUUUGGCCCUCGAACUCAGCACUUAGUGCUCAAUGAAAACUCAUCUGCAGUGCACAACCCACGCAGCUACAAGAUCCAAACUCAGCUGAACCUCAUCCACCCCGAGAUCUUCCCUCUACUCACCACCUACCACAGCAAGGAGGAGGAGGCUGUGUGUAGUGUGCCCAUCGUGCGAGGAGAGUGCCUCUUGAAAUACCACUUCAGGCCACAGCAGGAGUGGCAGAGAGAUGCUGUGACUGUUUGCGAUCAUGACGCUUUUGUUAGUGAAGCCUUGGAGCUCCCUGACUUCCAGACGCGUGUGAAGGAGUGCAAAGAAAGCCUGUCUGUUCUGCCAGGAAAUGUAAGUGCUUAUCCUGAAAUUGUGUUCUUGGGAACAGGAUCUGCAAUUCCGAUGAAAAUCCGAAAUGUCAGUUCCACGCUGGUAAAUACCAGCUCUACCCGAUCCCUGCUCUUGGACUGUGGAGAAGGAACGUUUGGACAGCUCUGUCGGCACUAUGGAGAGCAAGUUGACCAAGUGCUGUGUAACAUAGUAGCUGUUUUUGUGUCUCACAUGCACACCGACCAUCAUUCGGGCUUGUUAAACAUCCUGAUGGAGAGGCGGAGAGCUUUUGCAGCCCUUGGUCAGCCUUUCAGCCCUCUGUUUCUGGUAGCACCUGAACAGAUCAUGCCUUGGUUACACGAGUACCACAACCACUGUGAAGAGAUUCUCGGAGACAUCAAAAUGAUUACUUCCCAGUCUCUUGUGAAAGGCUGUGAGAACACCAAACCUAAAGCCAAAUGGUUUGUCAGUUCUCUGUUAGAGAACUACGACUUGGCUGAGUUUCAGACUUGUGAAGUCCAGCACUGUAAAAAUGCUUUUGCAUGUUCAAUGGUCCACAAAUCCGGCUGGAAAGUAGUCUAUUCUGGUGACACAAUGCCCUGCAUGGCCUUAGUACAAAUGGGUAAAAAUGCUACCCUGCUGAUCCAUGAAGCAACACUGGAAGAUGGCAUGGAGAAGGAAGCUAUAGAGAAGACGCACAGCACAACCUCCCAGGCGAUUCAGACAGGGAUGAAGAUGAACGCGGAGUUCAUCAUGCUCAACCACUUCAGCCAGAGGUAUGCCAAGAUCCCACUGUUCAGCGAAGACUUCAGUGAGAAGGUUGGAAUUGCGUUUGAUCAUAUGAGGGUCCGUUUUGGUGACUUCUCGACCAUCCCAAAGCUGAUCCCGCCUCUGAAGGCUUUGUUCGCGGAUGACAUCGUAGAAAUGGAGGAGCGGAAGGAAAAACGGGAGCUGCGGCUCCUGAAGGAGACCGCUCUGUUCUUGGACAAACUGACUGGUGGUGAGAACAAGGAAGCACCUUGCCAGAAACGGAAAGAAGCCAAGAACCACCAGGAACUACCAAGCAAGAAGCUUAAAACAGUAAACUGAGAUAAACAAGU